AAUGAUCUGUGUAGUAUCCCUACAGAGAUUGGGCACCUAUGCAACUUGACACUCCUCGACCUGUCCAAGAACAGCCUCACCUCGUUGCCAGACUCGACCCAACACCUCACGCGACUUUUCGGUCUCACGUUGUCCUUCAACUUUCUCGAGAGCCUCCCCACAGGCAUUGGAAAGCUCACAAAAAUGAAGUCGCUCUAUCUCAACAGCAAUCGUCUAAGCCGGAUCCCUGCUGAAAUCGGAAACAUGAAGGACCUC